AUGCAACCUCCUCGACUGCAUCAGGUUAUGCUGCAUGUGUUACUACUUGUAAUCGGGAUUUUGGAGACUGCUGUGAGUGUUGCUUGUGUGGUUCUAUGUUGUCAGCAGGUUUUUCCGCCUUCCUCGACUUCUUUUCUUUCUGUAAUUUCUUAUCUUCGAAAUCGAGGAGCAACCCUGGUGGCAGGUGGGACUGAAUAUCUUUUGGCUGUGGCUGCACAGCCUGGGAAGCCUCCUCCAGUUCUCUUGGACUACGCCAUGCCUCAGCCUUACCUUCAUCCCUCUGCACAUCACUUUUUACCUCGGCCGGGACGUCGCAUCAUGAUUUUAACGCAAGCCGAAACAGGCAUCCAUGCUUUGGCAUCUGUUCAAGCUGUAGCGAGCAUCGUAUCUUCUCCACGCUCUCAAGUAGCAGCUGAGGAGUUGAGGGGUUCAGCUUCACCCUCAGUCUUGAGCGCCGCCAAAAUAGCAAAAAACAGAAAGGAAUCACAUAAGUUGAAAACCCGCCUCUGUAGUCUGCUUCCUCGAUUGUCGUCACCGAAUAGUGUCAAUGGCAGGUCGUCCAACAACUCGAAUCUUCUCUACGUGCUUUCAUCCACGUCACCAAGUGAUCCCCCUAUGGUUUUUCCACCGUUUCCUCCAGCUUACUCCCCUGAUGAGGAAAGCAAUUCCUGCAGUACUUCUUUUGCCCACCCUCAGGUACUACCACCAAAUCACAUGAACUCCCAAAAUCUUAAUCUUCGUGAAUGUCUUCCUUCUGUCUCAGCAUUUAGUAGAUAUCAAUCUUGUUAUAGACUCGGCUGCCGAACGAGCGCAGCUUCAGUCUUGCGACAUACAUUUUCAGUUAGUCGAAAUAGGACCAGGUCUUCUCUCAUAAGAAGACCUAAUGCAGCGGAAGCUGCAGUUGGAUUGUUUGGGGAUCGAAUUCUUCAACCUGUUUUGGUGAUCGAAGAUACCGAAGUGGAUGAGAAUUCGGAGCCUCUGACGCAACCGACAAUCAUCACUCAAACACCCCCACCUAGCUACAGUUCGACACUGGAAGUACCUGGAUCAACUACAACAGUGUGUUCACCGUAG